CAAAAACUGUUUGUAUUACAGGAAAUAUAGAUAUAUAAAUAAUUUAUAUAAUUUUUUUCAUAAAAAAAAUACGCGUUGUAAAAGUGUGUAUUUAAAAGUCGUAAAAAAGAAUACUUCCGAAAAGCAGUGUGAAAUUUCGCACCAACACCGUUAACCGCAGCUUUGCGCGCAGCCGGCAGCACAAUUUACUGUUGGCCGAAAUUGCGGUCGCUUAACGCCGGUGCAGCGCACCUGCCACCGCGGCCACACAGCAAACUCGCAGCAGCCAGCGACCAGCUGCAAGAACAAACGCUGAGCUUACUACUCUGUACAGUUAUGGCUCAAAGCAAGGCGGCUACUAAAAAUAGUGAAAGAAAGUUUAAAUAGUGCUUUCCUAAAAAGCGGUGCAGGAAGACUCGUAGCUGAAAGCAGUGUAAUCAAACGUGUGCAAAUAAGUGGCGCACAGAACAUACAAAGGAAAUAGCGGAAAUAAGAAAAAACGCCGCCGAAAUUGUUGACUAUGGCGUCAGAGUCGCCACAGCCUCUCUAGGCAACGUGCCACAGCUGUGCAACAACACAAAAUAACAAAAGAGGAGCAAAAAAAGUAUAUGUGAAAUUAUUGGCGGAAAUGAAGCAUGCAACUUGUGUCCAUUGCUGGCGGUACCUCAUGGAAACAGUCAUACAGCAUUCAAUAGCCGACAGCUAGCAACGCUGGGCUGUGACAUAAACGAGACUAUCAGUAGCAGCUGCAAUAUCAAGUGCUACGACAGCUUAGCUCAUCCGCUCCGCAACGCCACCUCGGCCACACUUGCCGCUAGAGCCUGUACAACGGCCAACAGCGCGCCACAUCAAAGUGUCGAGGAAGCAAGUAGAGGAAAUUAAAAUUUGCAUGUGAAAGGAGCCAAGUCCUUGCAUUGCCUGGCAUUCACUUUCAACGCUGUCUGAGCUUUCGGCACACAACGCUUAAAACGUGUGGACUUGUGCCGAUUGCCACGGCGCAAAAAAUCAGACCGAGCAUUUCGCACUGACAACGGAGGCGGCCGGCCGGCUUUAGUGCACUUUUUAUGUGUGUGUGGCGCCACGCGUUGAGUAAAAAAUAUACGCAAUAAGCGAAGGCGCAGUGGCUGUCGAAGUGGAAAAAAUUGUGUAAACAACAACAAGUACAAAUAUAGCAGGCAAAAGAGUUGGCGCAAAUCAACACCAUUGCUAACUGCAAUUUCAAUUUCUGUGCUGCGCCGCAACGCCGACGUAGGCAAUCUUGUUUGCCCUGCAGCCAACGGAGGCGCAGCAAGUGUUAAAUGAAAACUGAAGAGUGAGGUGUGAGGAGUGAAGAGUGUUCAGCGCGGAGUGAUAAGUGUAUAGUGUUUUCUAUUAACGCUUUCUCGCAAAAAACGAAACCGAGUUAGUACGCCUGUGUGCGUGAGUGUUUUUUAACGGUAAAUACAAGCACUUGCACGCCUAGACCGCGUAAGAGACGGCGCUGUUUGUGGCAUUAAUUACACAGUCCCUAGCUGGUAGCAGCAACAAAGCAAGCUUGGUGCCCCGCAACCACCCACAGCCUUACGUGUGGCAAGUAAAUGUCAGUACGCUUCGUGGUUGUUGAGUGUCACUGUCAUUGCCACAAAGGAUAACAACGCCAGCCAGCGAGCAAUAACAAUACUAAACCAGCAACAGAGUGGCACGCACGAACUGCAACAGUGGUACAUGCCACAUGCUACAUGAAUGCAUGCCAGCAUUUAUCCGUACCAACUUCAGCUUAGACUUUUUGCAUAACAAUCAACCGAGCGAACAAUCGAACUUGCACGCGUGCAGGCCAUGCCACAUGCGGCAUGCAGCUGCCACUGCUGAAGCAGCAACUAUUACUCAACUCUAAUACCAAGUGCUACUUGCAGUAGCACCCAUAUAGUCGCCGUUAUUGGCAGGACCCACCGCAUCGUUAGCAUACAGCGCCGACUGCAGCAACAGCAUGACGUCAGCGACGUCCGCCUCGGCGCCUUCGCGCGCCUCUGGAUUUAUCGCUUAUUCAGCAAUCGUUUUGCUUUGCACUUCCGGAAUCAAAGCCAGCUGGGAAGAAUGGUGGACAUAUGAUGGCAUAUCCGGACCAAGUUUUUGGGGCCUUAUCAAUCCACAAUGGAAUAUGUGCAACAAAGGGCGGCGCCAGUCACCAAUAGACAUAGUGCCCGACAAAUUACUCUUCGAUCCAUAUUUGCGGCCAUUGCACAUCGAUAAGCACAAGGUUUCCGGUACACUACACAACACAGGUCAAUCGCUCGUCUUCCGCGUCGACAAGGACACAAAGCAGCCGGUGAACAUCACUGGCGGCCCACUUGCCUAUCGCUAUCAAUUCGAGGAGAUUUACAUACACUACGGCACUGAGAACAGUCGGGGGUCAGAGCACUACAUACAGGGCUACAGUUUCCCCGGCGAGAUACAAAUCUACGGCUUCAACAAGGAACUCUAUCACAAUAUGUCCGAGGCGCAACACAAGUCACAGGGCAUUGUGGCGCUCUCGCUCAUGGUGCAAAUUGGGGACACGCCAAACCCCGAACUGCGAAUUAUUACCACCACUUUCAACAAGGUUUUGUACCGAGGGUUUUCCACACCCAUCAGGCACAUAUCAGUGCGAUCACUGUUGCCAAAUACGGAUCACUACAUCACGUACGAAGGAUCCACAACGCAUCCUGGUUGCUGGGAGAGCACCGUUUGGAUAAUUGUAAACAAACCCAUUUAUAUCACAAAGCAAGAGUUGUACCAACUCCGACGACUGAUGCAAGGCUCCGAGAGUACACCGAAAGCGCCACUAGGCAAUAAUGCGCGUCCCGUGCAAGGACUACACCAUAGAACCGUAAGGACAAAUAUAGACUUUAAGCGUAAUAAGAAUCAAAACUCAUGUCCGACCAUGUACAAGGACAUGUAUUACCGAGCGAAUCGCUGGUCACCGGACACCGGCUUAUUGAUUCGUUGACCCAACA